AUGGAUACAGGUCCUCCUGACCGUGUGAUACCCCUUGGAUUUUUAACUCAUACAUCCCAAGAUGAUUUAGUUAUCAAGUCGGAAAUUGAAGAUGUACCUUUUUUUAAUGCACCUAUUUAUCUUUCGAAUAGAGAGCAAAUAGGAAAAAUUGAUGAAAUAUUUGGCACAAUCAGAAAUUAUUAUGUGUCAGUGAGAUUGAGUGAUGAAGUGAAAGUAAACAGUUUUCAAGUUAACGAUAAGGUUUAUAUUGAUCCAGCAAAAAUAUUACCAUUAAGUAGAUUUCUUCCGAAACCACCUGGUCAAAAAGGACCUAAAAGAGGAGGUGGUGGUGGUGGUGGCGGUGGUAGGGGUGGCAGAGGAGGCAGAAGAGGAGGAGGAGGUGGCAGAGGAGGAUUUGGAGGAAGAGGUGGUGGUGGAGGAGGAGGAGGAAAUUUCGGAAGAGGAGGUGGAAGGCCAAGUUUUAGAGGUAGAGGUGGUGGACGAGGCGGGGGAGGAGGAGGAGGAGGAUGGCGAUAG